AUGGACUUCCCCUUGACGCAGAAAGGCGGCCGAGAAUAUCUGAUAGAAGCAUUGGAAACCUUUGACAUAAAGACGGAGAGUGAUGCACACUGCCGACGCUUCCGGCAAUUCUGCUACCACGAGGUGGAUGGGCCCCGAGAGGGUUGCAGCCAGCUCCAUGGACUUUGCAGCCAGUGGCUGAAGCCAGAGAAGUGCACCAAGGAGGAGAUUCUGGACCUGGUGAUCCUGGAGCAGUUCCUGACUAUCCUGCCUCAGGAAAUGCAGUGCUGGAUGUGGGCACCAUCCGUGAAGACAGAAGAUGCAUUCCCUGAGGCAGAAGGAGGUUCCUUGGAGCAAGGACAGAGGGCGCAGGCCCAGGAGCGUGCCCAAGAUGCCUUCUCCUGUGCGAAAGAAGCCAGAAGUAUAAGGGAGACUUUGGUCCUGACAGACAAUGACCUCGCAUCCAAAGAAAGGCUGGAGAGUUUCUCAAAAGGAUCCCAAGGGCAUAUUUCCUUCCCAUCUGAGCAGGCUGAGAGUGAAUUCAGUCAGAGCGGCGUUCUUCAAUACCAUCAGAGAACCCACACAGGGGAGAAGCCUUUUGAAUGCUUAGAGUGUGGAAAGAGAUUCAGUGGGAGUGGCGGUCUGCAAUACCAUCAGAGAACACACACAGGCGAGAAGCCUUUUGAAUGCUUAGAGUGUGGAAAGAGAUUCAGUGGGAGUGGUAGUCUUCAAAUGCAUCAGAGAACUCACACAGGGGAGAAACCAUAUGAAUGCUCAGUGUGUGGAAAGAGAUUUAGUGAGAAAGGCAGUCUUCACAAGCAUGGAAGAAGUCACACAGGGGAGAAACCUUUUGAAUGCUCACAGUGUGGAAAGAGAUUCAGUCGCAGCGGCACUCUUCAACAGCAUCAGAAAACCCACACAGGGGAGAAACCUUUUGAAUGCUCAGAGUGUGGAAAGAGAUUCAGUCGGAGUACCCAUCUUCAACGGCAUCACAGAACGCACACAAGGGAGAAACCUCUUUAA